AUAUAAACAAACUCCCUCCAUUUUCCUGUGCAACUUGCAAAUCAAAUUCCAAAUCCCUGAGCUUCCUAGAAACCAAGAUUCAGAGAAACCAAACGCCAUGAACCACCACCACCACCAAAACCAUCCACCAUCUUCCUUGCCCAGCAACCCUAACCCAGAACCAGACCCUUCUCUCCCUUGCAAUGGCUACCACAAGAUCUCUCUCCCUCUUCUUCGCCGCUGCAUGUCCGAUCCUUGCAACCCUCCUUCUGCCACCGCCUCCAACCCAUCAUUCUUUGAUCCUUCUCUUUCCUCUGCUUCUCGCUGUGGCGGUUCUCUGCCCAAUUUCACUCCUCCGUACUCUCCUGAUCGCCACCACUGCCCCAAGACUCCAUCCCAUUCCCCGACUCAUGCACUGCCUCCCCUGCCUCCUCCUCACACCUUCCGCCGCUCCGUCUCUGACAUCAAUCCCUCUCCUUCCAAGGCCUCCUCACGCUUCUCUACCUCCUCCCAAGACCUGGGCACCGACAUUGACACUCCCAAUUCCAAGUUGUUGCAGAGGCUGAGGAGGAUGAAGGAUCGCCUCAGAGAGAUGAGCCAUUGGUGCCAGCAACUGAUGCGUGCAGAGGACUUGAUGGAAGAAGAUGAAGAUGAGCAACAGCAGGCAGUGGAAGAAGACGCACAAGUACAGGCUGUUGAUGCCACUGAUCAAGAUGUCACUGUGACAAAGCCUAUCAGUUCCUUCUCAGUGGAGGAGAGUGUUACUACAAGCUCAGGUAGAUAUCCAUUUCCCAGUUAUCCAAUCAUUCUUGGGUUUGGAUUUUUCAUACCCAAUUCAGUCACACUGGUCUCAUUCUUAGGUUGUUCCAUUCUUGAUCAUAGUUUCCAGAUGUCAAUUUUCUUAAGACAUUCUUUUUGGCUGAAGCACUGACGU